AAUGCUUCUGCUGCACACAAGGGCCAGCCUCUCUUCCUCCUCUUACCCCACUUGUAGCCAAAGCUGAACACUUCUGCUCGGGGUCCACUUCCAGCUUUAAGUUUCAGCUGUCCCCUUCAGCUGUCCAUAUCAUGUCUCUGCUACUCACCUUGAUCCUUGCCAUUUGCCCUGGACUUGGCCUCUUAGAGUCUGCACCCAGAGUACGACUGGUGGGAGGUCCCCACCGCUGUGAAGGGCGAGUGGAGGUGGAGCAGAAUGGCCAGUGGGGCACCGUGUGCGAUGAUGGCUGGGAUCUGCAGGAUGUGGCUGUGGUGUGCCGGGAGCUGGGCUGUGGAAUAGCCAAGAAAUCCCCUAGUGGUACUCAAUACAAGCCUUUGGCAGAGAAAGAUCAGAGUGUCCUCAUCCAAAAUGUCGGUUGCAGUGGGAUGGAAGACACACUGGCUCAGUGUGAACAAGAUGAAGAUGUUUUUAAUUGUCCACAUGAAGAGGAUGCCGGGGCAUCAUGUGAGAAGCCAGAAAGUUCUUCCUCUACAGGCCCAGAGAGCUCUUUUUCUUUGGCCCCGGAGGUUCCUUUCUUCCUAGUUCCAGACAGCGUGCGGCUGGCCAGUGGCCCUGGGCACUGUGUGGGCCGAGUGGAGGUGGAGCACAAGGGCCAGUGGAGCACUGUUUGCAAAACAGGCUGGAACCUCCAGGCUGCGAAGGUGUUAUGUCGGCAGCUGGGAUGCGGGAGGGCCCUGGUGGCCCAAAGACAAUGCAAGGAGACUACCCAGGGUCAAGGAUCCAUCUGGAUGAGCAAGAUGACAUGCUUAGGAGAAGAGGCAAUGCUUCAGGAUUGUGAUUCUGGGCCGUUGAAGAACAGCUGUACCCAUCAUGACGACGCAUGGGUAGAAUGUGAAGAUGCCUUUGACCUGAGGCUGGUAGGAGGAGAUAAGUUUUGCUCUGGGCGACUGGAGGUGCUGCACAAGAACGACUGGGGCACCGUCUGUGAUGACAGUUGGGGAGAACAGGAAGACCAAGUGGUAUGCAAGCAACUGGGCUGCGGGAAGCCCCUUUUUUCAUCCUCCAAAACCCAGAAAAGAUAUGGUCCUGGAGUUGGCCGCAUCUGGCUGGAUGAUGUUCGUUGCUCAGGGAAGGAGAAGUCUCUUGACCAGUGCAAGCACAGGUUUUGGGGCCAUCAUGACUGUGUCCACAAGGAAGAUGUGUCUGUGACCUGCUCAGAAUAGUAUCCUGGCCAUCUUGAUGUUUUAUCUGGCCUCUGUUGGCCCUGCUUGUCCCCUGGUUGUUCUCCUGAGACCUAAUUAUCCUAGUGGUCACACUGGGCCCCAGACUUCUGCCAACUCUUUCUCAGCCUCUCAGGAAAUUGAACACUGUGCUUAGACCUUGAUCUCAGGGACAAGAACCACCUCAUUGUUGCCUGGAGAUAUGAGCUGUUGAAUCCUUUUGGAGAAAAUGAGCUUUCCAUUGUGCUUUGCUCACUGCUGACCCCUUGGCAUUGUUUCUGGUCUCUAUUGCCUCUUCCCAUCUGGCUAUUAUCCUCAGGCCUGCUGCCUGGACCAGAUAUGUGUGGCAUUAUUAAGACAAUAUCUAUGUCUGUAAACAACAUCAAAGGAAGGAAACCCCAAAAAGAACAUUUUAAAGGAAAUAUGGGUAGACAAUUUUGGGAACUUGAGAAAACAGAGUCUUUUAGAACUCUUGGUAUCAAACUUUAGCUGACCACAGCAAAUAAUAACACUACUUUGCUAUUUCUUGGGGAAGGUAGACUACACUUUCAGUAUCACAGCAAUUUCCUUUAGCCCUAGAUGUUUGUGUGACACUUAGAAAAAGAUGUUUUUUCUAUUCUAGUAAAAUAUCUUUGUUGUCUCCUUCUGUGCCACCUGACAACAUGGUUGGCAUUUAACAAAAGGAAUCCUACAAAUGUAUUUUACUUUAUCCAAAGAAAAAGGCAUUUGUUAAUGAGAAAAGGUCAAGAGAGAGGCAGAAAGAAGUUAGAGAGAGCUACUGUUGUGUCUCAUGCUACUCAGAAAGUAUCAUUUUCAUUUUGUCAGCAGGGACUUUGCAUCCUGUAAACUUGAGGCAAGGUAGAAUGAUACUGAAGAGAGAACUGAAAUUUAAUUAUAAAUCUCAGCAAUUUUAGAUUCCGAGGUUAAGCUGAUACUAGGGCUGGAUUUACACUAUCUAAUAAAUUGGACCACGCAAUCUCAACAGUUGCCUAUAUGAUAUGCUUUUUUUGCUCAUUGGGAAGCAAGUAUGUCAGCUUCUCAGUGAGAAUAUUUUGAACAGGAUUAUAUAGAAGAGAACCUGGCAGCAAAUACAACCAUAUGUAUAGUACAGCUCUCCUCUGGAUAGAGAAUUUUCUUCUUAUUUUCUGUUCCAGUGUGUGGGCCCAAAGUUAAUUCUGCCACUCUUGCCCUUCUUUUUAAAAAAUCAUCUUAUUUUGUUUUUGAUUACCAUGUAUUAAUUGUACUUAUUAAUGGGGCUCAGUGUGAUACUUUAACACAUGCAUACAGUGUGCACUGACCAAAUUCAACCUCUCUUUAUCCACCCUGCCCUCCUCGUCCUCCCCAAACUCUAGUAAUCACUAUUGUACAUUUAGGUGCACUUGUUCAGUGAGACAUAUGACAGAGAACACGUGAUACUUAUCUUUCUAUGUUUGACUUAUUUCACUCGACCUCAUGUCCUCUACUUGCAUCCACUUUGUUACAGGAUUUUUCUUUAUGGCUGAAUAAAAUUCCAAUGUCUAUGAAUACCAUA